AUAAGCGAAAGCAAAGCCAGGUCACUCGAGUUCACGUGGGGAAAGCGGGGGUGCGGGAAGAAGACCAUCUUGAACUCGCCUCUCUCCCUCUCCUUCUUUCUUUGAGGGAAAGGGGCGAUCGGGCGAGGCGAUUGAGCGCCUUCGGCCCUCGAUGUCACGGGCUUGAUCCGAGGUUCGUGCUUUCAGGAUCGUAUCUGUGUCAACCCUAGGUGAUCGGGACCAUGGAAUCGUUGGCGCCGCAGCCAUUUGAUAUCUUCGAGGUCUUCUCCAGGUACUCUGAUAUAAUGUCCAAUAGUCAGCCAUCUGGAGGAAAGACAAGAUUAGCUGCAUUUUCCAAAUCGUUGGAAUCUAGAGGUCAAUCAGGGAGUACGAUAUUUGAUGAGAUUGGCAAGCGUAUGUCAAGUCUAGAUUUGUCUGGAAAUUCCCAUCAGUUCAAUUUGAUUUAUGAUUUUGUCUUCUUCAUUUGUCGUGGAGAUGGGCAGAAGAAUCUCACUGUAAAUAGGGCGAUAGCAGGAUAGAGGUUAGUUUUGAGGGGAAGGUUUCGCUUGCUGUGCCAGUGGUGUAAUUUUGUUGAGAAUCAAUAAAUCAAGUGGUCAGCAUGGCAGCGCUGAGGAUUUUACUUCUGCUGAUGCAGACAGACAAUCUGGCAUCUCUGAAUCUUUCAGUCGUAAUAACCCCAAUUUUUAAGCAGAAUUCAGAUGUUUAGCAAAAAUAGAUUGAAUUUGCAUUCCGGCUCCAGGAGGAAAUCAAAAUAUUUAGAGGUUUCUACAAGGUCAGAUUAUAACUAUUUGGUGAGACCUAAGAGAAUAAAGCAUACCUCUUUUACUGGUAACCUUGGUCUUCUGGAUUCUGGUCUGUCUGUUGGUAUGAGUAAUGGUACAUUGGACAACCAAAAUGGCACAAGUAAACACAGUGCACAUAAUUGUAUUCAUACUUUGGCUUGUGCAGUGGGCGAGAAACUGUUCAAAACUUCAGCAGGAUCCAUCUUGUUAGGUUGCAGUUUUCAUUUUGAUCCAAAAGCCAGUUACAUAUGAGAUCAUUUUCUUGAUUUAAUCGUAUACCAUAUUACUUUGUACUCUAUGUUGAUUUUUUUUUGUAAAUUUAUUUAUGGUGUAAACAUCUGUUUGCGUGGUUGUAAUUAAUGUCUGAAGAACAGAGGCACAAUUUAUUAGAACUCCCUAAAACUAGUUUAUUUAUCUGCACCAUGCCGUUCAUGCCUGGAUAACAGAAUGGGUUAAGACAUAUUGAAACUACACAACUAUUUUAUAUUAAAGAUAGAUGUUAGAAACCCAUUUUAUAUUCUGGGCCAGCCCAACCCACAUGCACGUUUUGCAGCUUUAGGGCUUGAUGUAUUUGUCCUCCAAUUCAACCUUUGUUUCCCUUCGAAUGAGCAAUGUCUAUGCUAGUGCUUCCUUAAAUUCUCCUCUCCCAAGGAUUUACAAGCCACACUCCUCGAUGAUUGCCUUGCCUUCCCCAUCUGCCACGGUAGGUUUUCCUGCAUUGCAAGCACUUUUUACAGUGUAAAUUUGUAUGUUUGUGUGAAAUUUUAGUCGAGCAGUGCCUUGUUAGCGAGGAAUUUUUGGGAUUGAAGCAAGGAAUAACGCUCAGGAAGGGAGUGCCAAGAUAAGCAAUUGGAGGAUGCAGAGAAAGUACAAUGGUUCUGCUAGGAAGCCUAGUCUCUCUGGGGUCUGCUCCAACAUAAAAUUGUAUGCAAUGCUGGUCGAUAAUCAAAACAAGAAGACUCUUCUACGGUAGCAAAUUGCAGAAAUCGAUUCAGGAAGAUCCUCCAUGUACCAACAUUAAAGCUGCUCCAAAGAUUGGAGAAGACGGUUUGAAGAGCAGAGAAGGUGCUGGUGGAAUUAAUUAUUGAUCAAAACGCUCCAAGCGUGCAAAGAUUUGAACAUAUCUGAAAUAUCUUCUUAUGCUCGUAAUGGUCGCAUGCAUAUUACUUGGAGGGACAGCUAAUUCAAACAAAAAGAUUACAUUUUCUGCCUCAGUUCCAUCAGAGAUCAAGCUCCAGGAAGAGGAAUUAAGAAGAAGAUGGGAAGGCCACCUUGCUGCGACAAAGAUGGUGUGAAGAAGGGACCUUGGACACCAGAAGAGGACAUCCUCUUGGUCUCUUACAUUCAACAGCAUGGUCCAGGCAAUUGGAGGGCUGUUCCUACCAACACUGGUCUGUUGAGAUGCAGCAAGAGCUGCAGGCUUCGGUGGACUAAUUAUCUGAGGCCGGGGAUCAAGCGUGGCAACUUCACUGAUCAAGAGGAGAGGCUCAUCAUCCACUUACAGGCCCUUCUAGGCAACAGGUGGGCAACCAUAGCUUCUUAUCUACCGGAAAGAACAGACAACGAUGUCAAAAACUACUGGAACACGCACUUGAAAAAGAGACUCGAAAAUAAGCUUGCAGGAGGGCAUGAUUCGGUGCUCGCUCACCACCCCACGCCUAAGUCCAAGGGUCAGUGGGAGAUGUGCGUCCAGGCCGACCCCCAAUUGGCGAAGCGAGCACUCUCAGAGGCCUUGUUGGAGAAGAACUCCUCUAGUGAUGCCGCGAACAAUUAUGCAGCAAGCGCCAAGAACAUAGCGCGGCUUCUGGAGGGGUGGAUGAAGAGUAACAAUAGCAGCAGCAACAACGCUAUGCUAAACUCUAGAUCGCCAAAUUCUGCAUUGCUGAGCCAGAUAAGUGCAAGCAGUACCUCCAACUACUUGGCGUCACUGGAGUCACUCGGCUCGUUUGGAUUGGAGGAUCAAGCGACUUCUGUGCAGGAGGGAUCGCCGGGGACAGCCCACAUGCCGCCAUUAGAGCUGCUGAAGUCGUGGCUGCUUGAUGCAAAUGUUGGUGACGAAGAGCACCAAGAAAGUUUCCUCAGCAUUGUGAUGGAUCAAACUAACUAAAUCUAAAUGAUCGGAAUACUAGUUUUAAUCUGUAUCGAAGCAAAAUCUGAAGUUGAGAUUUUGACGACUUGUCAAAAGAGAAAUUUUUAUAGCUUUGAUUUGGAUCUUAAUUUGUUUCAUGCGUCAACACGAAUAUUCUUGAAAACAUUUGUAAGGAUCAUAUUGAGAAGUUGAUUUAAUAAA